GAAUCGACUUCAGCGCAUCGUCUCCGUAAUGUUUUGAAAGUAUGUACAGGCUGAGAGGAGCGAGAGCAGCGCAGCGACCCACAGACAACCCACCCCUACUCGCCACGUCAGACACACGGCCAAGCUCCCGCCCUGCAUCAUGGACCCUACUACCCCCUCAGUGGUGCCAUCCCUCCAGGAGGCCAGCAGCAGGAGGCCGGCCACCAUCUGGGCUGCCGUCUUGAGUUUGCCCGUCCAGUUGACCUGCACCGACUCGGCCUGCCCCCGCAAGGCCAUCCACUCCCUCAACGCCGACACACCUAUCUCGCGACACACUAUGGCUAUCGACGGAAUGGCCAGCGAUGCCCCGUGGUAGGGCAGGGCACACCCCACUCGGCUCACCAGGCCGAUCAGCACCGUCGCCACCAGCAACUUGUCGGCCACAGGGUCAAGAAAGGCACCAAAUGCAGACGACACGCCUGGGGCAUACCACGCAUACGUGCCGCGUCAGACACAGACAGACAGACAGGGACAGACAGACAGACAGACAGACACGAGCGUCACCAUUCCAUUCAGGCCAUUCACUUCUCUCUCUCUGUGUGUGUGCGUGUACCCAGUGCGCGAGCGAGCCAUCCGUCGAACCAGUCGGUAAGGCAUGCGAAGCCGAAACACACACACGUCCACAGCCGGAUCUUGUUGGCAGCCAUAUUGGAUAACAGCAGGAUGCCCACCACGGGCACCACCAGCACCCUCAACACCGUCAGAGUGUUGGGCAGCCGCACCAGCAUCGCCCGAAUGCAGGACGGGAGGGAAACGUCACGCCGCACGCCCGGGGCAGCCGCAUUUUCGGCCACAUCAGGGAUGCGGCUCGUUGCCGCGUCAGGAUCAUCAGGCAAAAGAUGCAGAUGUGUCCGUCUCCUUUGUGGCAUCCGGGUGCGCGUGAGCAUCGGCGGCGCGUCCAGAGGUCUCCGCGGCACCGCUGUCCAUGCCGUCCGAACGAAAUGGGCGGCUGCACACGGGCUCAUCUGAAAACACAUAGACACACAACGGGGAAGCGUCGUGAUGUGGGUAUGCCCUCGCCAGGGCUCUCAUUCAUUCAUUAUCGUGGAUCUCUCUCUGGUCUGUGUGCGCACACUCCGGCGUACCAGCAACAGGCUGACGGAUGGCACCAACAUAGAGAGAGAUGAAGCAAUGAAUGAAUGCUGUGACAAACACCGUGGCUCACUCUGAAAGCAAAACCAAUGGGAAGCACCUCCGG